AGAAGAGAGUCUAUGUUCGCAUCCCAUCGUUAGACGUGUCGCAUGAUCAGCGGAUUACCCCUCCUAUAAAGGUGAGGUUACAACAUACUCUAAAAUAGAACUUAUUUUAUAAGCCAUAGACCAUCUAUUUCUCAGUUAAGUUUUAAAUAAGCAGAAAACAGAGCAUACACCUAGGUUUGAAGGUCGGACGGCCAUAGUGGCGCGCACUCUCGAGCCUCUCGAGCUCGACUCGACCGACUCACAUCAGUCUCUCGCGAGAGAACCGAUACUACUCGACGUACAUUAUGUUGUUCCCGCACGCGAGAACAAUAAUUAAGCCACAGUAAAUAAACUGAUAAAAAGUUACUGUUACAGUGUGUACUGUAACCGUAAACAAGAGUUUCAAGUUUAAUUAAUCUACGCCAAAAUAUCGAAGCUCGUGACGAUUCCCAUUUCAUAUUAAAGUACUAGUGUUUCCAACAAAACCCCUUCGUAUUUAAGGUUUAGUGAAGUGACAAAUGCAACACGAAGCACAACUGCUGCAGUUUGAUGAAGAUGAACGUAGCAAAGAUAAACAGGGCUGUCCUGAAAACUCAUGUCUGGUAGCAGUCAGCAUAGUGUGAAAUUUGCAAUUGCAUAAUGCCACUGUCUUGUCGACUUCAGUGGUCUAGUAGCUUGCACACCGAUUUUCAUGGCGUCGCCGUCUCUGAGGUCCCGGGUUUGAUCCCCGGUCGGAAAUGAAAAUGCAGAAUGGUAAAAGAGGAAAGGGAAGGAAAAUCUCAUUGUGAAAGAGUUCAUCCAGGGAAGUACUACCACUUGACCUAUUUCUGCCGCCAAACAAGUAAUAUGAGGCGUUCCGGUUUUGAAGGGGCAGUGGUGGUUAAAUGUAAUGGUGACGUGAUGCUCCCAACAUGCGUUGGUCGGCGUGGUGGCAGAUUCUGCUCGUAUGGCGUGCGCACGCGCUCGCGCAAUCCAACACACCCACCAUGUGUCAAGAGGAAUCAUGUCGGUGUGACUCCUUCACAAGGGUCAUAUGCAACUGCACCAAUGACUACAAUGAGAUGACCCUUCGUCCAGAUGGGGCGUAUCGAAUCCCACCAAUGGCUACCGCCAUCAUUAUCAAUAGCUGUUCAAGAGUCAUAUUUUUAUCAGAUACCAUAAAAAAUCUUAUUCAACUACGAGUAGUGGAACUGCAAAAUGUGCCUUAUGUAAUUAUAAACGAGCGAUCCUUGGAGUGGUCUCCUUCCAAUGUAGAUCUAGAAAACAGUCCUGGAAUAAGAAUCACCAUUCACAACAGCACCGUGAACGAAAUGGCGUCGCAUGCUAUCCGUGGAAGAGUGGAUAAUAUACAUAUCAGUAACAGUAGGUUGAAUAUUAUCAAGCCUUUCGCAUUUUCAAGCCUUACCGGUGUUUCAAACGUCGAACUAUCAGACAAUGAUUUCAUAAACAUAAAUAUCCAAGCAUUUAAAAAAUUUACAACAACAAAUUUUAUUCUUCGAGGGGGAUCAAUAAAAUCCUUGCCUAGUAGAUUUUUAUCAGAUGUGGAAGUAACCAAUCGCUUGCAAAUAGAAGGAGUCUCUGUGCAACAUGUAUCGAGUUUAGCAUUUCUUGUUAGCAUGCCACAAAGAGUUUUAAUUGACAGUAAUGUAAUAGGGAUACUGGAAAGUGAUGCGUUUAAUAUCACGACAACAGGGCCAAUCACCUUUAGAAAUAAUACAAUAACGACUGUGAGGCGUGGGGCGUUCUUCGGAAUCUCAGCACUGCCAAAGGUGACAACAAUUAAAGGGCCACAGGAACUACUGAUAGACAACAAUACAAUGCAAGAAGUGACACCAGAUUCUUUAAUGUACAAUCGUAAUUCGCUAACACUUCGCGUUGAUGGACUAAAUCUUAACGUUUCAUGUAGUUGUGAUCUGGCAUCACAGUGGCACGAUAUGUUGAGAGAAAACGGCAAUAUCAAUUGCUGGUACUCCUUGGAGGGGUAUUUUAUAUCCCUGCCCACUUACGUUGACAGCAGAUGUGGAGUAUUCAAACAGACUUUUUGGAUUGUUGUUGUUGUAAGCAUUUUAGUACUGUUUUUUAUAAUAGCUAUUGUGAUAUUCUUUAUCGUGAGAAGAGAAAAUGAAAAAAGGAAGAAAGUUCAAAUAGUAUUGCCAGAUAGUAAGACGUACAGAGAGACGGAAUUCCACAUAGUGGUGGAAAGAGCCGAUCUUCUCACAACGGACAUGUAACUGUACGCGUUUAUAGGCUAAUUGUUGUCUGUAAAUGCGAGUUCGCCUGGGCCGCGCCACUAACCAGUGAUAAAGUAAGCAUUUCUAACUCGACAAAACAAUCUGCUCGGACCAUUCCCCGAAUGACUGUCAAUUGAUACGAGUAGGUACUUGUGGACGAGUUCUCUACCUCAACGCUUGAGUGAAAAUUGUGCCAAGUUUAGUGUUUACUUUGUUUCUAGGAAAAAAAAAACAUUAUCU